GUGCAAAGUGCCCCCGAGUCGUCAUGAUUUCUCGGGAGCCACACUUUGAGCAGCCUAAGAACUGGAAGACAAACAAAAGCGAAGCCUCCCUGGAGAUAAGGUCGAUCUUCGACAGUGCUUGGGAGAUUCUCAGAAAGGCAGAAAUGGCUGCGCUAAGACUUUCCAUGGCGCAUUAAGGAGGAGCAUGUGGGUUAUCACCCCUUCGUUCCCAGUCUUUUGGUUCCCCAAGGUCAAUCUUGCUUCCACCGCCGCCAGGUUCUCCUCCUGGCGAACUCUUCAACCAACUCGACGGUUUCUCCAAAACAGCAUGGUAGGUGACGAACUUUUCUGACCCUGGAACUCUUGCCCCGGGUGUCGUCGCCGUCUGUACGGUGAUGAUGGCGUCGGCUCUCGUCACCACAGGCGGCAGACUGUAUGCAAACAGAACACAACUGGCGUGGAGCGAUUACUGCUGUACGGCGGGACUCGGAUUCGCUGUCACGGAGACGAGCUUGAUGUUCUUCCAACUUCGUAUUGCGCGUCAUGCGUGGAAUAUCCCAGUUUGUUGGCUCCUCGGGGAUACUGUCAAAUUACGUUUUGGACGGUCGUUGAUUACGAUAAUGGCGACGUUAAUGGCCAAGACGUCGAUCUUCCUGCUGCUACACCAGAUUUUCACCCUUGAGCGCGGCAUGAUAAUCGCCAUCCGUAUCGGACUGGCGGCGACCUGUGCUGUUGCGAUGGUCAGCUUUGCCUCCCAGUGUUGGAACGACAUUCCGAGGGCAGGAGAGACCUGGGACGAUGUGGCAUUGAAAUUCGACCGCAUUAUAGUUUGGUCCCCAGCGACUUCAAUAAUGUAUCUCCUCCUAGAUCUGUACAUGUUCUUACUGCCACUCCCUGUUGUUGCUAGACUCAGCUGGCCAACAAAGAAGCGGCUCAAGGCGCUGGCAGUAUUCUCGACAGGUUUUCUGUAAGGGCGAACCAACUACCGGUUGUCGAGCGAGAGCAGUUGCUGAUGCAUUUAAUACAGGGCCGUCAUCGCCACAGCCGUAUCCCUGGUGUAUAGAAUC